AUGGACAGCUCCGACGAAGAGAUGUUAUGGUUUCAAAUCCUUCUUGAGGAAGAGCAAAAAAAUAAAAAACGACGACGAGUACACAAGGUGUGGGUGCAUGAUAUAUGCCAGAAAAGAAAUGUAUUUGGUGAAUACCAUCAUUUGUUUCACGAUUUGAAGAAAGAUCCAGUCAAAUUCAUCGAGUAUUUUCGAAUGUGUUUUGGAAAAUUUGAAACAUUGCUUAAUAUAUUACGUGAAGAUUUACAGAAACAAACCACAAAAUUUCGAAGGCCGAUUGAACCAGAAGAACGACUUGCUAUUUGUCUCAUGUAA